AUGUCGUCCAAGGUCAGACCAGACUCCGCGUCGGCGGACUACGACGAUGUCGACGUGCCCCGGUUCCAGCGUGUGUACUGGACCCGGGAGCCCCAUCUGCGGAAGCUGUAUGGCAUGGCUGUGAUUCUCAUGGUGGCCUCGGCCACGACCGGGUACGACGGCAUGCUUGUCAACACAUCGCAGCAGAUCGAUGCCUGGAACUACUUCUUCUUCCCCGAGCUCAAGGACAACAAGGACCUUAAGGAUCCCAUUCUCGACAGCAAACUCGCCAUCCUCGUCAACAUGUUCAACAUUGGGUCCAUCGUCUCGUUUUUCAUCACGCCGUAUGUCGCCGACAACUACGGCCGACGUCCUGCCAUUAUCGCUGGCUGCUUGUUCAUGAUUACCGGCGGCUUCUUGACGGCCUUUUGCAACGGUUAUGGAAUGUACAUGGGUGGUCGUUUCGUCCUUGGCUUUGGCAAUUCUCUCGCCCAAAUGGCCUCCCCGCUGCUGCUGACAGAGAUCUGCCAUCCGCAACACCGUGGCCCGGUCACAGCCAUCUACAACUGUUUGUGGAACGCCGGCGCGCUGCUUGUCUCGUGUAUCGCCUGGGGCACUGCCAAUAUCCAGGGGAGCGGCUCGCUCGACUGGUCCUGGCGUUCUAUCACGCUCCUCCAAGUUCUCCCAUCGCUCAUCCAGCUCAUAGGCAUCUGGUGGAUCCCCGAGUCGCCGCGCUUCCUUGUCAACAAGGAGCGUCACCAGGAAGCUUUCGACAUCCUCACCAAGUGGCACGCGGGCGGAAACCCUCACAAUGCGACCGUGCAGUUCGAGUUCCGCGAGAUCCGCGAGACCAUCCGGAUCCAGAAGGAGACGGAGCGGUCGACUAGCUACCGGGAUUUCCUGCGCACGCGUGGCAACCGCUGGCGCCUGGCCAUCAUCAUCUCUCUCGGCGUCAUCUCGCAGUACAGCGGUAACGCCCUCUUCUCCAACUACAUGAAUGCCAUCUACUUGGGCGCCGGCAUCGACAGCCAGAACCAGAAGUUGGCUAUGUCCACCGGCAAGACGCUGCUCGAUCUCUUCGUCACGGUUGCGGCGGCGCUCAAUGUCGAUCGCUACGGUCGCCGCCCGCUAUUCCUUAUUGCUAUGGUCGGCAUGGUGUUGUCCUUCGUGGCGUGGACCAUUACUGGCGCGAUCUACGAAAACUCGAGCGAGCUCAACGUGCAGGCCGGCUACGCACAGCUCGUCUUCAUCUGGAUCUUUGGCAUCUUUUACGAUAUCGGUUUCUCAGGUCUGCUUGUGGCGUACGCGCUAGAGAUCCUGCCGUUCCACCUCCGUGCCAAGGGCAUGAUGAUUAUGAACAUCACUGUGCAGGCCGUGCUGGCCAUUUCCAACCAAACCAACAAACUCGCAUGGGAACGACUCCCGCAUCACUGGCAUUUCAUGCUGUUCUACACAAUCUGGGAUCUCUGCGAGCUUGUCUUUGUGUGGUUCUUCUACGUGGAGACUAAGGGGCCGACGCUCGAAGAAAUUGCGCGCAUCUUUGACGGCGAUGGCGCGGUCGGUCACGUUGACAUGCACGAGGUGCAGAAGGAUAUAUUUGCCAUGGAGGACCGUCAACAUCACGAGCACGAGCUGCCUGGGCGCGCUAUGUAA